ACAAUCCGCUUCACGAGCUGUCCACGCGUCCACCCUGCGCUGUGAUUGGGUUGGCAGCCCAGGCUGGCCAAUCACAGAGCUCUCUACUGCAGAGGCUUGGCGAGUUCACGCCGUUCACACGUGCAGCUCCAAGGGGCCCGGGAUCCCCCAGUAUAAAAUGCACAGUGGUUGUUUACAGAGAGAAUCACGGACAGCACCCACAAACAGCUCAGUUAUACCUUCUCCCAUUUGUCUUUUGCUGGGUUUCAUUUCAUUAAAUAGUCAUUUGCGUAUUAUUAUUUUCUCUGUGCAACGUUUUAAGCAUUAACCGGAUAUUUGAUUGUUGAUCUGUGAUACUGUGACCCCCCCCACACCACCACCCGGACUUCCGGCCCGUUCCGCCCCGUUCCGCCGCAGUCAUGGUUCUGUCCACGUCCACCAAGCUACGGGUGUUCCGCAUCGUGUUCUCCGAGCCCAGCCGCGCCUUCUACAGCAGCGGGGACAAGCUGUCGGGCUCCGUGCAGCUGGAGGCGGCGCAGCCCUGCAGACUGUCCGGCCUGCGGAUCACCGCCGCCGGCCGCGCGCGUGUCGAGUCCUGCGGCAGUAAGAAGCGCGGGAGGAGCCCGGAGGUGGAGUACCUGAAGUAUGAGGAGCAGGUGCGGCUGGAGGAGGCGCUGAGCCCAGACUCUGACGGCUGCUUCCUGCUUCCUCCUGGUAAAACCUUCAGCUUCCAGUUCGGCUUCGAGCUGCCCCCGCCCGGACGUCUGGUGUCGUCUUUCAGAGGGAAGUUUGGCUCAGUGCGAUACUACGUGCAGGCUGAGCUGCGCCGGCCCUCCCAGCAUGCACUGCAGUGUGAGAAGGAGUUCGAGGUGGAGGAGCCACUGGAUGUGAACCAAGCUGACCUGCUGGCCCCAGCUGCCGCCUCUGUUCAGAAAAAAGUCACCUGUAUGUUCAUCCCUGACGGUCAGGUGUCAAUCAGCGCUCAGAUUGACAGGAAGGGCUUCUGUGAGGGUGAAGACAUCUCUAUCAACGCCAAGUUUGAGAACACGUGUUCCCGCAUUGUGGUGCCGAAGGCCGCUAUCAUCGCCAAACACUCGUACGUUGUGGACGGACGCACCAAGGUGUUGCGUCAGAAGUUGUCGGCAGUGCGAGGAAACCACAUCAUUUCUGGGAUGUGUGAUAUGUGGCAGGGCAAGACCAUCAGGGUCCCCAAACUGAAGCCCACACUGCUCGGCUGUGACAUCAUCAAGGUGGACUACACUGUCAUGAUCUACCUGCACAUCCCCGGCAGCGAGAAGCUGACCCUGGAGCUGCCGCUGGUCAUCGGGACGAUCCCGUUCAGUGGCGUGGGCAGCAGGACGAGCAGCAUGUGCAGCCAGGCUGGAUCCAGCAGCAGCUGGGCCUCCUUCCCCUCGGCCCCGCCCAGCUACAGCAACAUCCACCGCGACCUCAAGGUGGAUGGCCCCCGCACGCCGCUGCUCCACGACUACGACGGCGCUGACGAUGACGAUGAAGAGGGCGGGCUCAUCAUGAGAGAGCCUGAACUAUACUUCUGCCCUCCCCCUGUCUACAGCGAGGUGGAUCAAAACUCUGAGAACUCUCAGGUUUUUCCCGUCAUCUGAGGACGGCAUCCACUUUAAUCGGUCCAACGUCCCAUCUCUGCCAGGAUGCAGGCAGAGGGCGGAGCCUCAGAUCUCCAUCACCAUGGAUUCAUCCUCAGACCCGGAAGUCAUUCCCCAUCUGCUGAGCGCAGAGUCAGUGGUGACUCAGCAGUUUCCUGUCAGUGAUUCAGAGUUUCCUGUUAGUGACUGUUUUCUGCCGGUGACUCAGCUGUUUCCUGUGCUUUGCUGUACAGGUGAACACAGAGAAAAUGGUUGUUGUGUGUGUUUUCUUUUUAUAUUGUUGAUUUAUUUACUGUAGUAACAGGAGUUGCCUAUGUGUAAUAUUUUGUAAAUAAGA